UUCGACCGUAAUUUUUACGAUUUCGUCGCUUUUUUCUGACAGCGGGUGAACGUUGCAGUGCAGGGUGCUGGGAUGUAUAAAAGAUCAUUACCCGCUUGCAGGAUAGUGCAGUUGGAUUCUUCGUCGUGUGCAGUGCUGUUACAUCAUGUUUAUCAAGAUUGUGACAAUUGCCUCGCUGGUGGCGUGUUCGCAAGCAGGCCUUGUUCCCGCCCUUUCUACUCACAGCGUGGCUCUAGGACCGGCUCUAGCUCCAGCUCUAGCCCCGGCUCCUGCUCUAUACGGACCCUCUUUCCUGAAAGCUCCGGUUGCUGCAGCUCCAGCGUACGUUAAAGCUGCGCCGUCGGUAGACUACGUGGCGUACCCUAAAUACGAGUUUAAAUAUGGCGUCGCAGACGGCCAUACUGGCGACCAGAAAACACAAACCGAGGUUCGUGAUGGUGACGUAGUCAAGGGUUCGUAUUCGUUGGUGGAACCCGAUGGUACUAUCAGGACCGUCCAUUACACUGCUGAUGACCACAAUGGGUUCAACGCUGUGGUGUCCAGAGCCGGCCAUGCUGUCCAUCCUGCUACGCCCAUUGCGGUGGCGCCGAAAGUUCUUGCAGCUCCUGCUGUAGCAGCGCCGGUUUAUGGGCACGCCGUCGCGGCGCCUGUCUAUGGACAUGCAGUGGCGGCGCCUUUGGGUUUGGGAGGAUAUUUCAAAGGAUAACCGGUUUUUGUCCAGGAUACAUGCAAUUAGGGCGUUCCCACACUUAUACCUCUUUUAAUUAACUAGGGAAUGACCUAAUUGUGUUGCACUGAAUGACUGUUCUUGUUCAGUGCAAAAUGUAUCCUGCUGAUGGUGACUGUGAGAAGUGCAUCGAUUAGUCGCAACUGCUGUGCUCUUAUUUAUUGUUAAUUUUUAGUUGCGGGUAAUUGAUGAGUGACGACCGCUCGAUGAUGGAUAAGUUUUGUAUUUUAUUCUCUUCUUUGCUUAUAAUUCUAGGUUAUGUAAAUAUCAUAGCAUUGUGCAGUAUUGUCUCAUCUUGUAAGCCAUGAAAUAUACCAUUCUGUUCAUC